UGAGCGCAGGGUGACGGCUCCCCACGUCAAGGAACCGUGCGGCUGCCCGGCACCCCUUUGUUCAGGGAAGUAAUUAGCCUAAUGGGGCCACGAGGAGUGGACCUGUGCGCUGCUGCUGUCAGGAGCAGGCCAGCGCCUCCCCAGUGCUGACCUUCAGCCCCUUUGUGCCAGCCUGGCCGCAGGGCCCGUGGGCAAUUAUGGCCUCAUUAGUGCCAUACGCCAUGGCCACUGCGCCCAGCUGGUGAGCACCCACACAAUGAGGAGCUGCAAAUGAGGGGAAAGGCCUGGCUGGUCUCCGAGCUACCGGCCACAGCGCACCCGUGUCUCCCAGAGACCGGCUGCUCCCGCCUGGCCCCAACGGUAUUUUUGGCACCGCUAUUGUGCCAGGCCCUAUAAAGUGGCGGCUGCGGUGGGCAGCACAGGGUGCUGUUCUCUUGCCUGCCUGGCAGGACAUGCCCCAGCACUGCUCGGCUGCCUGAAGACCCCAGGAAGGAUGGAGGUGCCCAAUGCCAAGGUGGGGCCAUGGGGUUGGGAGGACAGCGAUGGGGAGGAGGUUAGGAUGUGGGGCCGGGGGUCUGGGGGUGUCAGAGGGCCUGGCUGGUUCCUUGGGAAGCCCUGAGUGCGCAGCUCUGCCCCAGGGCUCCCCAGCUGUGGCCAGCAGCCGACUGGGGGGGCUCAGCCGCAUGUGGGCUCCUCGGGAGGGAGUUGGGCACGUGGUGCCUGCGGCGUCGAGCGUGGGUGCUCUCACUGGUUGUCCUGUGGCACUUGGUGGUGAGGGGAGGGUGUUUGCCGCAGCUGCCUUGUGCCGGAGCAGGGCAGCUGUGCCGGUGAGGGCACCAGCAUCUGGCUGCUGGUCAGAGCGUGGGUGGGCCUGUGAUUGCUCAGGCUGGUGGGAGGGUGCGGGGAGCAGCAGUCCCAGCUCCCCUGGGGCUGUGGUGCUGGCUGUGCCCCAGGGCACUGAAGGGUGAUGCUCCAGGUGGACCCUGGAUGGGGGGCUGGGUCUCAGCAGCAGUGGGGACAAGCAAGCAGCACUGCAGCAACCACGGCAGAUGGGAGCCGAGACACUGGUACGCACGGCAGGACCGGGGGGCAGCCCUGGGGCUGUGCAGCCCCCCCUCUCCAGCACUGCAGGCUGCCCUGCACUAACGCUGCCCAUUGCUCCGGCAGCUCCAGCGAGCUGCCUGCCUCUUGCUCCUGCUCCUGCUCUGCUCCCUGGCCGCUGCCCGGCAGAGUCUGCCCGAGUGCUGCCGGCAGAAGACCUGCUCCUGCCGCAUCUAUGACCUCCUGCAUGGCAUGGGCAACCAUGCCGCCGGCAUCCUUACGCUGGGCAAGAGGAAGAGCGUCCCGCCGGCCUUCCAGAGCCGGCUCUACCGCCUGCUGCACAGCUCUGGCAACCACGCCGCGGGCAUCCUCACCAUGGGCAAGCGUGGGGAGCACCCUGGCUCUGCCUGCCACGACGCAUCGGGCUGCCCUGUGGGCGCGGACGCCCAGCCGACGCCAGCGCUGCGGGGCACUGACGCCAGCCCUACCAGCCCCAGGGAGUGCCAAGGACACUCGGGGAAGGACGUGACCAAGAGUCAGGCCGAGGGAGCUGCGAAGAGCUUUUACUGAGAGGGGUGGGAGCAGCGGGAGCAGGGAGGGGAUCCCUGGGGGGACGGACCCCGGGGACACACGCCCGGAGCUCGGUGUAAAUAGCAAUUUCACAUACCUCCUCCUGGCCCUGGCCGAGCCUGCUCAGGGCACCGCAGGCACCGCUGGCCUUUUACAAUAAACGGUAGCCUGACAUGA